AUGGCCACCAAACUUGCUGAGCAAACAACUCUAUUUGCAUUAUACUGUGCGCAUCUGGCUAAGUUGGUUGGUGUUCCUAACAGAGUGUUCAAUGUCAUAACCGGAUUUGGAAAGACUGCUGGUGUUGCCAUCAGCCAUCAUAUGGACAUUGACAAAGCUGCAGCAAAGAGCAAUCUGAAACAAGUUUCACUUGAACGAGGAGGCAAAUCACCCCUUGUGAUUUUUGAUGAUGCUGAUAUAAAUAUGGCUGCUGAUCUUGCUCUCUUGGGAAUCCUUUUCAACCAGGUUGGGUUCGGGUGA